UGUAUUAAAUGUAUAUGGCUGCAUUAACCAGCAUUAACUGGCCGUUAGCACAUAGCAAUCAUUUUGUAAACUUAACACAAUACCGUAUUGCUAUAUAGAUAUUCAUGUCAAAAGGAGAAAAUUCUGUACAAUCGUAGCAUAUUUUUUCCACGAGCAAUUUCUUAUCUACAUCCCUUCCCUCCUUCCUUCUCUGUCCACUUCUCUUCUAAAUUAUAUCUCGGAUGAUACUUUAAUUGUACUGUAAACAUGAUUAAAACGCAAACAUGAUUAUGAUUAAUUAUCAAAAAUAUAACUGAUGCAUAGAUAACAUUUAUACUGAUCAAAUGAUUAUAAAUGGAAAUUGUUAAUACAGUAGUAAUUGUAUGGUUAUGACAAUCUUAUUGAUUACAGUAAUUGUUUUUAAAAUAUAUAUUUGACUUUUCUAUUACAAUUAUGAAUGUGAUUCAAUUAUUACAAACUAAUUUGCAUUAAUAUAUAUUUUAAGGUGACUAAAUGUAAUAAAAAAUAUCGUUUAAGUUUUUUGGGAAAUUAUAGUGUUUUGUAAAGAGUGUCUGCUUAUAAAUUUACAUACAAGUUACUAGCAUCGAUUAAAAAAUACGCGGUGAGACCAUCUAAUCUAAUCUUGAAAUACGAUACAAAACAAGCAUACAAAAAUAAAAUCUUCGCUGAAAUUUAUACAAUGGAUAGGAAUAAAAGACUCGUUUGACGUCUACUGCUUCCAUUACGUCAAGUCUCGCUGGAUCAGAAUGAUGUUGCUUGUACAUAUUUUGUGUGCAGUGUUGAUCUUUUGCGUGUCAGUGCACGCACAUUAUAAUGUAAUAGUGAGAACAGAUGAAGAAGAGAAGUUUAUGUCAAUUUUAACAAAAGCACCAAAGUAUGAUCCAACUUGGUCUAGUUUAGACAGUCGACCACUACCAGCCUGGUAUGAUGAGGCAAAGUUUGGAAUCUUUAUUCAUUGGGGUGUAUUCAGCGUGCCCAGCUUUGGCUCUGAAUGGUUUUGGAAUAAUUGGAAAGACGAAAAUAUUACUAAAUCUACGAAAUAUUUCGACUUCAUGAAACAAAGAUAUCCUCCAAACUUUACCUAUCAAGACUUUGGACGUGACUUCACCGCCGAAUUCUUCAAUGCUGCCGAAUGGGCCGAAUUAUUUAAAGCGUCAGGUGCAAAAUAUAUCGUAUUGACAAGCAAGCAUCAUGAAGGAUAUACGUUGUGGCCGUCAAAGUAUUCAUUCAGUUGGAAUUCUAUGGAUGUGGGACCUCAAAAAGAUCUCGUUGGUGAACUAGCACAAGCGAUUCGUAACAAAACAGACAUCAAGUUUGGCUUAUAUCAUUCCCUGUACGAAUGGUAUAAUCCUCUUUAUGUGACAGAUAAAAAAAACAAUUUCACAACAAAUAGAUUUGUGACUCAUAAAAUAAUACCAGAAUUACAAGAACUGGUAGAAACAUACAAGCCAGAAGUAGUUUGGUCGGAUGGAGAUUGGGAAGCGACAGAUUCUUAUUGGAAAUCAAAAGAAUUUUUAGCCUGGUUAUACAAUGAAAGCCCUGUAAAAGAUACAGUGGUGGUGAAUGAUAGAUGGGGCAUUAAUAUGUCAUGCCAUCAUGGUGGUUACUUUACAUGUACUGAUCGCUUUAAUCCUGGUGUACUUCUUCCACAUAAGUGGGAAAACUGUAUGACUAUUGAUAAAAAAUCCUGGGGAUAUCGCAGAAACGCUGUUUUAUCAGAGUACUACACAUUAGCAGGAUUAGUGAAAGAAUUGGUAAUUACUGUUAGUUGCGGUGGAAAUUUACUAAUGAACGUUGGACCAACAAAAGAUGGCAUUAUUACUCCAAUAUAUGAAGAGAGAUUGCGUGGAAUGGGCGCUUGGCUAGCAGUUAAUGGCGAAGCUAUUUACGAUACUAAACCUUGGACAGUACAAAAUGAUACCUUAACAGAAAGUGUCUGGUACACAUUAAGUAAAAACGAAAAACAGUUGUAUGCCUUAAUUCUAGAAUGGCCAGAUGAUAAUAUCUUGUUAUUAGGCUCGCUUAAACUUUCGAAGGAUUCUCAGAUACAUCUACUUGGUUAUUCGUCAGUAAUUUCUUGGAAACAAUCUGAUAAUAAGCUGGAAAUAAGUUUACCUGCUAACGCACAUAAAGGACAACCCGCUUGGGUAUUAAAGAUCGAGAUUUUUAAAAACUUGCAUGUAUUUUAGAAAUAAGAACAUAUUUUAUAUUCUAUAUUAUUUUUAGACAUGUACAUAAAUCUUGUAAAAUGUUUCCAUACAAUUUUUCUAUAAUAAAAAAUACGUCAAAAUCCGAUUAUACCAAA